AUGUCUGGACCUGUCGCUGAUAUGGGCCUCAUCGGCCUGGCCGUUAUGGGUCAAAACAUUAUCCUCAACGCCGCCGACCACGGUUUCACCGUUGCCGCCUUCAACCGUACCGUCUCCAAGGUCGACCGAUUCUUGGCCAACGAGGCCAAGGGCAAGUCCAUCGUGGGCGCUCACUCUCUGGAGGAGUUCGUUUCAAAACUUAAGAGCCCCAAGCGAGUCAUGCUUCUCGUCCAGGCCGGUAAGGCCGUCGAUGACUACAUUGACACCCUCAUCCCCCUCCUUGAGAAGGGUGACAUCAUCAUUGACGGUGGUAACUCUCACUUCCCCGACUCCAACCGCCGCACCAAGUACUGCGCUUCCAAGGGCAUCCGCUUCGUCGGCUCCGGUGUCUCUGGUGGUGAGGAGGGUGCCCGCUACGGUCCCUCCAUGAUGCCCGGUGGUAACGAGGAGGCCUGGCCCCACAUCAAGGACCUUUUCCAGAGCAUCUCCGCUAAGAGCGACAACGAGCCCUGCUGUGACUGGGUCGGUGAUGAGGGUGCCGGUCACUACGUCAAGAUGGUCCACAACGGUAUUGAGUACGGUGACAUGCAGCUUAUCUGCGAGGCCUACGAUAUCCUGAAGCGCGGUCUCGGCCUCUCCUGCAAGGAGAUUGGCGAUGUCUUCGCCAAGUGGAACAAGGGCGUCUUGGACUCUUUCCUGAUCGAGAUCACCCGUGACAUUCUCUACUACAACGAUGACGAUGGAACUCCCCUCGUCGAGAAGAUCCUCGACCAGGCUGGUCAGAAGGGUACCGGCAAGUGGACCGCUAUCAACGCCCUUGACCUCGGUAUGCCCGUCACCCUCAUCGCCGAGGCUGUCCUUGCCCGCUGCCUGUCCUCCAUCAAGGAGGAGCGCGUUAAGGCUUCCAGCAAGCUCCAGUACGUUGGUCGCACCAACAAGUUCGAGGGCAACAAGGAGCAGUUCAUCGACGACCUCGAGCAGGCUCUGUACGCCUCCAAGAUCGUCUCCUACGCUCAGGGUUUCCAAUUGAUGAACGAGGCCGCCAAGGAGUACGGCUGGAAGCUUAACAAGCCCUCCAUCGCCCUCAUGUGGCGUGGUGGCUGCAUUAUCCGCUCCGUCUUCCUCAAGGACAUCACCAACGCUUUCCGCAGCAACCCCGACCUCGAGAACCUUCUCUUCGACGACUUCUUCAACAAGGCCAUCCACACUGCUCAGCCCGGCUGGAGAGACGUCGUCGCCAAGGCCGCCCUCCUCGGUAUCCCGACCCCGGCCUUCUCCACCGCUCUGUCUUGGUUCGACGGUUACCGUACCAAGGAUCUCCCCGCCAACCUCCUCCAGGCUCAGCGCGACUACUUCGGUGCCCACACCUUCCUCGUCAAGCCCGAGUCAGCUAACGACAAGUACCCCGCUGGCCAGUACCACCACGUCAACUGGACCGGCCGCGGAGGUAACGUCUCUGCUUCUACAUACAACGCUUAA